UCCAACCUAUUGAUCCCCCAUCUUACCGGCCAUAGACCACCACUCAUCACACUAGAUACAUGUAGAUGGGACGUACACUGCUUUCAUGAGACUGAGGAAGAUGUGAUAUUGCCCAAUACAUGUGCCAUGUUGUCUUUUUCUGCAACGGACGUUCUGUUUCGUUAAUUUGGGAGCUUUUUUGGAGGAAAACCACAGGGAGUUUAUUAACCGGGCAGCAGUAUACGUUUAGGCAUACCGUCAGAAAAACAAUACUAUACAACUCGUCGUGGGAACUUCGAACAUGAAGCUCAGAUUAAAGGUACCCGUGUCGUCCAUGAAGCUGUUUUGGCUCCUACUGCUUCUUGAAAUGGUCCUACUCAUUUGCUGUGGUUACCUUCUGUACAAUUCAAAAACAACUACUGUAGUACAUGAAGGUAGCUAUCCACCAAUUAGAAUGGUGAAGCAAUUGAACAAGCCAACUGGAAACAAUCAGACCUCGGAAGAUCCACCUAAAUCAACUGUUCCGAGUAAACCUUGCAAGAAACGAAUCGCAAUCUUUAGGAAAGCUCCUGAAUUCAAACGCUGGAUAGAAUUCAAAGAUCUUGACGAUCGAUUCGACGAGGCUAGAAGACAGAAUCCAUCAAAGCAACCAGUCACAGCUCAUUUCUUUUGCCCAGAGCAUCAAUGUGACAUUGAACUUAUAACAACGCUCAAACCUAACGUGUUAAAACAAUGCGACGGAGUAAUUCUCAACGUUGACUACGUCCAAGGCGCACGAAGUUUACAGAAAGCUGCGCUUAAAGAAGUGACCAACAGGACAAAGUGGUUCCUCUUUGCAUGUGAAGCUGCAGCCAGGUACCAGCUAAUUCAAAGAGACUUCAACACUCUUUCCUAUCAGAUUUCCAUGACGUAUCACUCAGAAUCCGAAAUAGUACAUCCAUUCAGCCAGUACAUCCUGAACGAGCCGAUGGAUAACGAACCGAAGAAUUGGAGUGAGGAUAAAACGAAGCUUGUGGCGUGGAUGGCGAGUAAUUGUAACGAUGUACCAUGGCCGCGAAUGUCGUACGUUAAACACCUCCAAGAACUUCUACCAAUUGAUAUUUACGGUAGGUGCGGAACUCUUAAUUGUGGUAAACGUAAUGUGUCCAGACCUACAUCAGCCAAUACUGGCUGCAUGGAAGCCAUGGCAAACUAUAAGUUCUACCUUGCUCUUGAAAACACAGAGUGUGACGAGUUUAUUACGGCUAAAUUCUGGGACAACUCACUUUUAGCAGGUUCAGUGCCGAUAGUCUAUGGCGGUAGAAAAAGUGCGUACGAACGCGUGGCACCACCCCACUCCUUUAUCCACAUCUCCGACUUCAAAUCCAGUGAGAAACUCGCUGAAUACAUCCGAUACCUUGACACAAAUGACGACAAGUACAACGAGUAUUUUGCGUGGAGAUACAAGGGUCAUCUCAAGCAUUUCUUCGUACCACUGAACGUCAGUAAUUUGAUGUGUAGAAUGGUUCCAUGGAUGAAUGACGACCCGGUUCCGUUUCGGACUGUUAAAGAUACGGAGAUGUUCAAAAGUUGCCUUCAUCGACCAAUGAAAGGACCGAAAAUUAUGACCUAUGAUAGAUGGGUGCCUUGGACAUGAUAUGAACUAGUGUUGGAACAGCAUUCAAGUGCCUUUGAAUUUAUUUUAAACUUACUAGCUAAAUUCAUUCGUAGAUUAUCGACAAGUAGCUUUAACAUUGAGGUUGCAACUUCAAAUCCCGCUCAAGUAAGUUUAUAUUUCUCCUGUCAGUUACACUAACUUUUAUUUUACUUCUUGGCUGAAUCACAACGUUUAUGGAAGCUUCUCGAACAGUAGAAUUACUUUAGUGACGAUAGAUUGAAAACUUGGUGCUUUCUUUUGCAAAGUGAUGGACACAUGUCUUGGUGGGUUUUGUUCUACAAUGUUUGGUAUUUGAAUGUUGUGUAAUGGUUCUUCGAAACUUCAUCAAUCGGAACCCUGACCCUCGCGUAUUGUACACUUUGUCCUGAUGAAAUGGAUUGAAGGCAGUGGGCACUUUUGGUAAUUACUCAAAAUAAUUGUUAGCAUAAAACUUACUUGGUAACAAGCAA